AUGGACUCGUUUAUGCUUCAGGAUGAUGGCGUGAGAGACCGCAUUCGCCAGGCUGAGGAGUUUUUGGUUCCCAACGAUCCUCAUGCUCGCAGUUAUAGAUCAGAUAUUAUUUUGAUGUUACGCAAGAAUCAGCGUCGCCUUACCGUCAACAUAGACCACGUCCGAGAUCACAACGCAGAAUUCGCACAAGAGAUUCUUCAGAAACCCUUCGACUAUACUCUUGCCUUCAACCAUGCCCUCAAGGAAAUUGUGCAGACGCUGCCUCAAGCCAGGCCUGACCAAACAGCGAGGGACACAGUUUAUUAUUGCGCGUGGGCUGGAAACUUUGGCCUCAACGCCUGCAAUCCCCGCACGCUGUCUUCGCAGCAUUUGAAUCACAUGGUGUCCGUGGAAGGCAUUGUAACGAGAUGCUCCCUGAUCAGGCCCAAGGUUGUGCGGAGCGUUCACUACAACGAAAUCAAGGACAAAUUUCAUUUUCGAGAAUACCAAGACCAGACCAUGACCAACGGAGUCACCACUUCUAGCGUCUACCCGCAAGAAGAUGACGAUGGAAACCCUCUUACCACGGAGUAUGGCUUCUGUACCUACCGUGAUCAUCAGACAAUAUCCAUCCAAGAGAUGCCUGAACGAGCCCCUGCUGGUCAACUCCCCCGCGGUGUUGACGUCAUCUUGGAUGAUGAUUUGGUUGAUCAGGUAAAACCUGGUGAUAGAAUCCAGCUUGUUGGCAUCUUUCGCACACUGGGUAACAGGAACGCCAACCACAACAGUGCGCUCUUCAAGACAGUCGUUUUGGCUAAUAACGUCGUCCUUUUGUCGUCCAAGUCUAGUGGCGGGGUAGCUACUGCCUCGAUUACUGAUACGGACAUCCGCAACAUCAACAAGGUUGCCAAGAAGAAGGAUCUUCUCGGUCUUCUCUCACAGUCACUUGCUCCUAGCAUCUACGGCCAUGACUAUGUCAAAAAGGCCAUUUUACUCAUGCUUCUGGGAGGAGUGGAAAAGAACCUCGAGAAUGGUACCCAUCUUAGAGGAGAUAUUAAUAUCUUAAUGGUUGGCGAUCCUUCUACCGCCAAAUCCCAGCUUCUACGAUUCGUCCUCAACACGGCGCCACUGGCUAUUGCAACAACAGGUCGCGGUUCCUCCGGUGUUGGUUUGACAGCCGCCGUGACUACAGACAAGGAAACUGGAGAACGAAAGCUAGAGGCUGGCGCUAUGGUCAUGGCUGAUAGGGGAGUCGCAGGUAUUCACACAUCAUUGAAUGCCCGCUGCUCUGUUAUUGCAGCCGCCAAUCCCAUUUUCGGUCAAUACGAUCCUCAUAAGGACCCCCACAGGAAUAUUGCGCUGCCAGACUCCCUGCUGUCUCGAUUCGAUUUACUCUUUGUUGUCACCGAUGACAUCGAAGACGCCAGGGACAGGCAAGUUUCUGAACACGUAUUGCGCAUGCACAGGUAUCGCCAGGCCGGUACUGAGGAGGAUGUCUAUGAAAAGUACGACGCAAUGCUGCAUGCGGGUGUGACCCGAACAUUGGGUCGAGGGUCCAACAAAAAGACGGAGAUCCUAAGCAUACCCUUUAUGAAGAAGUAUAUUCAAUAUGCUAAGCGGAUCAAGCCUGUCCUUUCCCAAGAAGCAUCGGAUCGAAUUGCCGACAUCUAUGUUGGUCUUCGAAAUGACGAUUUGGAAGGAAACCAAAGGCGGACGAGUCCUCUCACAGUUCGUACUCUUGAGACAAUCAUCCGAUUAGCUACUGCUCACGCCAAGUCACGACUAUCCAGUCGGGUGGAAGAGCGAGAUGCUAUUGCCGCAGAGGGUAUCUUGCGGUUUGCGCUCUUCAAAGAAAUCGUGGAGGAUAGCUCACGGAGAAAGCGUAGACGUACACAAGCUGCCGGCCUGGUCUCGUCCAGCGGUGAGAGUGGUGAUGAUGAUAGCGACGAAGAAGGCGAUGAGCAAAGCCAAUCCACCACCCAACCGAGCAGAGGCGCCUCUCGACAGCCAACUACACGCAUGCAGACUAGAAAUUCGAGGCUCAAUGGAACAAACGGAUCUACAAGCCAGAACUCGGGCCGUCAAACCCAGGCAGUGGAAGCCGACAUGGGCAGCAGCUCUCAUCCAUCUCACGAUUUAGAUACACAGAGCUCCUUCGCAUCGUCACUACCCGCUUCUCAGGUUCUACCUCAGACCCAAGGUGAAGUCGAGGAUGAAGGUCUAGCUAGCGCCGCCAGCAACCUGGAGAUUGAGGAUGUUGCACUCACGCCUCAGCGAUUAUCAGCCUUUAGAACAAACCUGGGGCAGUUGCUUAAUACCAGCGUGUUUGAAGAUGAUUCGGCCCCUCUCGACGCAGUGAUUCAAGCCAUCAACGAUAGAAUUGGUGGCAACGAUGGAGGUGCUUUUAGCAAGCCCGAAGCUGUCCAGGCGCUCAAGAAACUGGAGGAAGCAAAUCACAUCAUGUUUGGUGACGGCGAUGUUAUUUACAAGAUUUAA